UUUGACAAUUGUGACAUGCAGCUCGGCUGCACGAAAAUGACGCAUCUCAGUUAUUCUUCAGCGGAUUUUGAUAACCCAUCAAGUUCCAGAGUUUCGUUAAUUUACAGCUGGGAUUCCUUAGGGACGCGGAAUGAUCCAAUCGACCCUGAGGCUCAGGCUGAGAAACGAAAGAAAUGGAGGAACUUGAUUGCUUUUUGGAUUCUUGGAUUGUGCAACAAUUAUGGCUACGUUGUGAUGCUAAGUGCGGCUCACGACAUCAUUGAAAGCAAGUUUGGUUCCACGUCGUCAUCUUCGGAAACUACAGAUAACACAACGACAUCGAGAGAUUGUAAUACUUUGUCGACAGGUGCCAUACUCCUGGCGGAUAUAAUACCGUCGCUUGCGACUAAGAUUAUCGCGCCAUUCUUGCCAUUUUUCGUACACUUGAGAUUAUUAUCAUGCGUUAUUAUGGCUGGUUCCGGAUUCAUCAUGGUAGCUCUGGCUGCUUCAGAAUGGUUAGCGAUUCUAGGUGUGAUCGUUACUUCCUUAUCUUCCGGCCUAGGUGAGGUCACACUGUUGGGAUACAGCCACUACUUUGACAAAAACGUUAUUUCAACGUGGUCAUCGGGGACAGGUGGUGCAGGUGUAAUUGGAGCGGUUUCUUACGCCGGUCUGACGCUAUGGCUGAGCACUGAAAAUACUAUUCUUGUGAUGCUCGUCGUGCCGGUAAUUCAAGCGAUCGCGUUCUGGAUCAUAUUGGUCCAUCCUAAAGAAACUGCACUGCCAGUUUCAAACCUCGGAAAUGGCAGUAAAGAAAAUGCAAAGGAGGUCGUUACGAUCCCAAAAAAGACAUUAAAGCAAAAAUUGGCCAUAGUGCCAGGACUCUUGAAAUAUAUGAUACCGAUUGGACUCGUUUACUUAUUCGAAUACUUCAUCAAUCAAGGAUUGUUUGAGCUAAUCGAUUUUGACGGAAUAUGGUUGGACCACGCUGCACAAUAUAGAUGGCUUCAAGUUGAUUACCAAAUCGGUGUUUUCAUAUCUAGAUCAUCGGUUAAUUUGGUUACGAUCAACAGGAUCUGGAUAAUGGCAGUCCUUCAGCUUGUCAACGUAGUAAUAAUGACCUUCGAGACGUUGUACUUCUACAUUCCGAAUAUCUGGAUCGUAUUUGUGAUCGUAUUGUGGGAAGGACUUCUUGGCGGAGGAGCGUACGUCAACACUUUUUACAAAAUGUCCAAAGAGGUACCAGAAGAAGAUCGAGAAUUCUCACUCGGAAUAACAACCAUGGCGGAUUCAAUCGGUAUCGCUUUAGCUGGCUGGAUAUCGAUUCCAGUGCACAAUGCCAUUUGUAAACUACCUCAACCAACGCGCCUAGGGUGA